UUCGGGCAUGUUGGAAUCCGGGUAGGAAGAGACUCAAGAGUUCGAUUUUAUAAUGGCCAAGUUUGACUGGGCUCCAUGGAACAGCUUGCAUGUGUUGGUACUUUUGGAAAUUUGGACUAUACAUACAUGCAACGAUGCCGAUUCACGUUUGGCAACCCCCUCGCGGAUGGCGACAUCGCAGAGACACGAUGGCGUGACGAACGAUUGGAAUGGCGUGAUUAUUUUUUUUCCAAGAGUCUUCCUUUUUGCGCUCAUCAUCUCUGCGUUCCAUCCAGGAGACCUCACGCAUGUUUAAAUACCCAACCAAGAUGGGAUGGCGAGUCGUCCACCCCCCACUUCUUCUCAAGUUUUGGCUUCAACAUCGAUACCGCUGCUUUCUCCCACUGGACUACGAGAUCAGGAUUCUUCGCUGAAAGUAUCUAACCCCAAUUCGAUCAACUCGUCAAAAUGUGCAGACUUCUCAUCUUCAAGGGAGAGCCAAUUGGUCUCUCUCACUUAAUCACUAAGCCCUCUCAUUCGAUUAUUAACCAGGCCUUUGACUGUCGAUUGCGAUUAGAUGCUAGACCAGUGAAUGCCGAUGGGUUCGGUGUAGGCUGGUAUGACACAGAGUUGGAAGACUCGGUACCUUGCGUGUUUCAAGCAAUUACACCUGCAUGGUCAAAUCGAAAUUUGCAUCGCUUGGCAGAAAAGAUUCGAUCUCCCCUGGUAUUUGCCCAUGUCAGGGCAAGUACCACGGGAGCGCUUAGCGAAGAAAAUUGCCAUCCUUGGAUCUACGGCUCAUUACUCUGGAUGCAUAAUGGCAAUAUUUCUGGCUUCACCAAAAUUAAACGUCAUCUCCAGAAUGAAUUAUCUGAAGAAUUUUUCCAUUUUCCUCAAGGGAGCACCGAUUCCGAAUGGGCGUUUGCGUUAUUCUUGAAUGAAUUAAGCAAGAUAGCCGAUCCGAAAGCCACAUCGUUUCCCUAUGUGACGCUGAAAGAAGUCAUGCUUUUGACGAUCGAGAAGAUCAAAUGCUGGUGGGUUCAAGCGGGGGUCCAAGAGCCGUGUCGGAUGAACUUCGCGGUGACCGACGGCCGGAGCGUGGUCGCGACGAAAUAUGUAACCAGUUCGACAGAGGACGCUGCCAGUCUUUUCUUCUCCACGGGCACCUCGUUUGAACCUAGCAAACAAGUCAAUAUCCCUCCCCCGACAUAUCUGGAUGACGAUCAUCAGCCUCGUCCGGCUGAACAGUAUCGAAUGCAAAAAUAUGACAAGAGAGAGAAGAUCGUUCUGAUUGCGUCGGAGCCGUUAACAUUCGAGAAAACCGAUUGGAUCGAAAUCCCUUGUCAGACGCUGGUUGUAGUGACACCCAAGAUGAAUGUACUUCAAUUCCCAAUAAUCGACGAGUUUGUUGAUAACGUUUAUAAAACUGGCAUCUCACUCACUUCAAAGAGUUUCUAUCAUGUUGAAUAAUAGACUCAUGAUCACGUCACAGUAAGAUAUGAUCCUUAGUUUUCUUUCUAUAUAUGAAACAGAAAUCACUGUUAAUCUUCUUGGCUGCAAUUUGACUAUAAUCGCAGCGCUUCAUGUUUCUAGAUAGAUGAAUUAUUCUUU